AUGCCGAAUGACCCCGUGCUCUUCGUGCUGGGCGGCGGGAAGGCCGAAGUGUCCGUGUGGGAUUCGGAGCACUUCGCCGCCGUGCAGCGGACACGCCUUGUGGGGGAGGGAGGGCGGAUCACCGCACUUGAUAUGUCCCCGGCGCCCGGCGCGCAGACGGGGCUGGUGGCCGCGGCGGAUGACCAGUCACAGCAGGUCAAGUUGGUCGAUCUUGCGACGGGGGCGGCUGCGCAUCAGCUGGAGGGGCAUUCGGGGUACGUCAGGGAUGUCAGGUGGUCGCCGACCAACCCGCACAUGCUGGCAUCUGCGGCGAAGGAUGGCGUGCGGUUGUUUGAUGUGAGGAGGUCAGGGAAGACGGCAUGCCUUCUCAAGUUUAAUGAGUUUCGGAAGAUGCCGGAUGUCGAAUGGGGUCUUGACAUCCUUGGACGCUGCGACAGAAGCGACGAGAUUCGGCAGCCCCUCACAAAACGACGGGGUGCGAAGGCAACGGCCCCGCAGGUUUCUAAGCGAAUUGAAUGGCAAACCUCACCUCUCCUUGGAUUGGGCUGCGCUUGGACAGCGGCAUCAACUGUACAGCAGCGAAGACGGAUCAAGCAUGCUGCGCUUGCGGCGGUGCCCAAUGCGACGGACGGUAAGAAGGCUCCGACUGCCAUUCGCUUCUCGCCGAAUGGUACAACUGUCGUUACUGGUUCAAAAAAGGGUGAGCAUCAAAUUUUCGAUGUCUUGACUGGUCGUCUCAUUGCGGAGCACAGAGAUGGGACGUCAGGAGGUAAGAGCACUGUUUUCGAAGUUGCACGCGACAAUUAUCACAUCCUUGGUGAUCGAUUCGGGCAUUUGUAUGCCGUGGGACUAGACUCUGGCGCGUAUCUGUGGGAACGAAUUGGACAUGGAGGAAGAGAAAUGUCUGCUAUGGCUAUUCAUCCAAUCAACGAAGAAGUCUACUCUGUCAGUGGCACUACUCUUAACUGCUGGUCCUGUGGUUCAGGCCAAGUGGGAGAAUAA